GCACUGGAGCAUGUCAAUGCCCGACUUCUUGAGCUGUACCCUGAUGAUGAAGAACGUUUUGAUAUUGUCCUGAUGACUAAUAACCAUGCCCAAGUGGGAGUAAGGCUCAUAAACAGCAUCAAUCACUAUGGCUUAACAAUUGAACGUUUCUGUAUGACGGGAGGAAAAAGCCCUAUUGGUUACCUGACUGCAUACCUUACAAACUUGUACCUCUCAGCAGACUCGGAAAAAGUGCAAGAAGCUAUAGAAGCAGGCAUUGCAUCAGCUACGAUGUUCACUGCCAACAAAGAUGUUGCUUACUCAGAUACACAGCUGAGGGUGGCAUUCGAUGGGGAUGCUGUUAUCUUUUCUGAUGAAUCAGAACAGAUUUUCAAAGAGCAAGGAUUAGACAGGUUUUUUGAACAUGAACAGCUGAAUGAAAAUAAGCCUCUUGCACAGGGUCCUUUGAAGGGUUUUCUGGAAGACCUGGGGAAACUCCAGAAGAAAUUCUAUGCAAAAAAUGAACGAUUAAAUUGUCCUAUAAGGACCUUCCUGGUCACAGCCAGAAGUGCAGCGAGUUCUGGAGCCAGAGUGCUGAAGACUCUUCGUAGCUGGGGUCUGGAGAUUGAUGAGGCACUUUUCCUAGCAGGAGCUCCUAAAGGACCAAUCCUGGUGAAAAUCCGACCUCAUAUUUUUUUUGAUGACCAGAUGUUCCACAUUGAAGGAGCACAGAAAUUAGGCACCAUAGCUGCACAUGUUCCUUAUGGCAUUGCUCAAAAGUACCACAAACCUGCGUGAAUGGAUGUCACCAUUAAGAAUAAGGUUCUUAACUCAGCCAACCUCUAAUAUACCAAUAGCUAUGUCUGAAAACCUCUACAUUUGUGUAAGCACUAUGUUUAAAUAUCUAACUUCUGGCUAGAACAGCCUUUAAAGGAAAUACUUUUAAUAGGGUUAAAUUUUUAAUGGAAUUAUUUUAAUAUAAUUCUUAGGCAGUUUAGAUUUUUUUACCCACCUGGAUCUAACACUGUGUUUUUGAUAUUAGGAAAAGAUUUGUACUGUUUUUAUAGCUUGAGACAUAUUUUGAGAGACAGAAUAGUUAUAUUUUCUCUAAA